CUUAGGCUUCAAUUCAUGCUAACCAAAAGUUAAUUUGACCAUGCAUGUUACAGUGAAAAUAUACAACCCUUCUUUAAGCAACAGAUUCGGAAGCACAAAUAUCCAAAGAUUUCUCGAAAAUUCUACUUUUCUUGAAUAUGAUGAGUCUCCAUCCACCACUUUUGAUACAAUCCUCCACAAAUGUGCAGUUCAAUGCAAAAUCAACCCAACGUAUCUCAACCUUUUUGCACUACGUGACUCGAACACUGGUUACUGGGUCAAAUUUCGUUCACGUCUAGACGAACACAGGCAUUCUGUUGGUUUAGAUAGGAACUCCACCACUGAUCUAUUGGAUGCCAACAGCGAUAUUAAAUUGGAGUUCCGAAUACGCUUUACCUUUAAGAGUGACAGCCAAAUUGAUGGUAUUUCUUGCCAAGCGCACCGCUAUUCUGCCCAUUCUGAAGCCUUGAAACCGGUCAUGUCUGAUCAGGUUAUUGAGUAUUUAUUCUAUCAAUGCAGAGAUGAUUUUCUCAACAGUUCUGAGAAGGAUACCGCUGAAAUGUCAGACCCACUUGGCGCCUCACUUGGCGUUGCUGUUUUAGAUAUGCUGCGCCUGGCAAGAGAAAUGGAUUGCGAUUUGAGUUGCAUAAAGUCGCAAGUAUCCUUUAAAAAGUUGCUACCAAGAGCAUGCAGGGCAAACUUGUCCAAAAUGAAUUUUUGCAACAGAUAUCGCGUGGAGCGCAGGUUUAUGUAUUAUCUACGCCAUUUUAGCCCAGUGUGUAGAACCUGGCUGGCCUCGCAAUGCAGUCCUGCUUAUUUCUACAGCAAAUACAUUCGUAACUUGGAACUAAUAGCAGGCCUCAAGUCCAUGAAUCUAGAAAACUAUGACUUACUGCCACGGUCUUCAACGAAUGAAGAUUGCGACAAAAUAACUGUCGGAGCAGACUGUGGUAUUGUGAAAUACAGCAGCGCAAGCGACUACCAGUCUGUGAACAAAUGGUGCGACUUCAAGGAGCUUACAGAUAUGAAUCUGCAAGUGCGACAAAACUCUGAAGCGGAAACCACAUGCAUUGUAAAGCUAAGCAAACUGGAUGGUACUGAUUGUAACUUGUCAUUUAAAUCUGUAGUUGAAGCUGAGAACUUGGCCUCUUGUAUUGAUGGAUAUUAUCGCCUACAUGUUGACCCCCACCACUAUCUAUGUAAAGAUGUAUGCUCGCCCUCAUUGGUUGAGCACCUUGCUUUAAAUUGUCACGGGCCAAUCACAUGCUCUUUUAGUGAGAUGAUAAUCAACCAGCAAGCAGAUCUACAAACUGGAGACUGCUUGUUGAGAAGAAGCCAAGAUUCUUAUGACGAAUACUUCAUUAAUACAGUAAUCAACACAAAUCCUGAUGUUAUCGUCAAAAAUUAUAAGCUAGACCGUGUAAAUGGGCUUCUUGGUAUGUUCGGUGAUAACGCAUCUCAUAGAUACCAGAAUCUUUCGGCUCUGCUUAAUGCUUGUAGAGGCAACCAGCAUGAUGGGCAAGAAAUACCAUUUAAUGUGGACAGGAUUAUUUUGCCCAAAAGCAAGCAAAAGACAAAUCUUUUGAUCAUAAGAUGCAUGGAUGCUUCCAACCAAGGACAACCAAUGGAGUUUAAUUUACUCUCAUCACCACAGACACUGGUGCUCAAAGAGAGAGAUUACACUUUCCAUCAGCAUUUGGGAAGUGGUAGAUUUACGGACGUGAAUCUGCAUGUACAUCGGAACAACCCAGAUUUAAAAAUAGUUUUAAAGCAGGUGUUUGACAUGAAUCAAAGACAUGACCUUGGGCAGAAGCAAGUGAUUGAUGAGUCUUUUCAAGAGAGCAUUUCGCUUUUGAUCUGCCUUAAAAAUGUCCAUAUUGUGAAACAGAUGGGUACAAUGGGCACACAAAUAGGGCUGGAGUAUGCACCCUUUCGUUCGAUUACUAACUACCUGCAGUUAGCUGGUAAUGAGCAAGGACCUUGGGGAAGUUGGUUUCUUUAUGCGUUAUGGCAGUUAACUCAUGCUUGUAACUACCUGGAAGAAAUGGGUUGUGCUCACGGUAAUAUAAGAGGCAGAAACGUCCUGCUUUGUCAAGCUUCUCCUCAACCAUUUGUGAAGUUAGGGGACCCUGGUGUGCGUACUUGCCUCGGUAGAAACAGAGUUUCCGAGCCAGUAUUGCCCGCCCCAUGGUUAGCAUAUGAGUUCUGCAGAAUCGACUCAGAGCCUCUUUCUUCUUUUCCUACGAUAGACGGAGAUAAAUGGAGUUAUGCCACUACUGUGUGUGAAAUAUGCUGCUGGGGGGUGUCUCCUGAACCCUUCAACGCGUACAGUCUAUCAGCUGAAAUGAAGGAGAAGUACAGGACAGCCUCAGUGAUUCCAAUCCCAGAAAUUAUUGCAGCAAAUGGAGUUGGAGAGCUGGGAGCACUGCUGAGACAAUGCUGGAACCCCUACCCACCAAAAAGGCCGCCGUUUAAGCAGAUAUUGCGUGAACUUGGGACUGUUUUGUCAAGCGAUUACAUUCUGCCUUCUGUUAGUCCGUCAAAUGGUAACAGUCGCGGGGAGUCUCGGAAUAUUACCAAUAUAAUUGGAGCUAGUAUGCCGGACCUACGGAAAUACAGAGACGACAAUCUUACAUUUGUGAAGCAGCUCGGCGAAGGCCAUUUCGGGCAUGUUGAUUUAUACCAUCAUGAUAUACAGAGAAAUGGACAGUUUGAGAGGGUGGCAAUCAAAUCCCUCAGAAGGUCAAUGAAUAACCCACAAAGUAGAAGUGACUUCAGAAACGAAAUAGAAACCAUGAGAAGGAUUGAUCAUAAGUAUAUUGUCAAGUUAAAUGGGGUAGCAGAGCCUUCUCUGAGAAUUGUUAUGGAGUAUUUGCCGUAUGGAUCCUUAAGCCAUUUCCUAAGAGGGCAGCGGGAUAGUGGAAUUGCAUUGCAGCAGUUAUCCGGGCUAUUGUUACGUUUCUCGUUCCAGAUAGCUCAAGGAAUGCUGUACUUGCAGGAGAAGAGAGUAAUUCACAGAGACCUUGCCUUGCGUAAUAUUCUGCUCGACAAAGAAGGCAGUAACUGCUGGAACAUCAAAAUUUCUGACUUUGGAUUGUCCAGAAUCUUAAGUGAGGACCGCGAUUAUUAUACUGGCAACCCUGAUGAGUUUCCGGCCCAGUGGUACGCCCCCGAGUGUCUGCGUUUAGACGGUCGACGUACUUUCCACUUUGAGUCUGAUGUGUGGUCAUACGGGGUUACAUUAUGGGAAAUGUUCUCAUAUGGGGCUCGUCCCACUUAUGAACCAUUACCGAACAUUACUCUACGUCAACUUACACAACUUCAAGAGUUGCUCAAAGACAACGUGCGCUUGUCGCAGCCAGAACACUGCCCGAACGAGGUCUUUCAUCUCAUCUCGAGGUGUUGGGAGUACGAACCUCAGCAGAGAGUCAAAUUCGAUGAACUUUGCAGAGAAUUUGACCGUCUGCGAAAUGAAUAACAUUAUUAUUAUCCCUAAAAGUUCCCAAUAAACGGUACAAUCAUGUUAUAAUACAGAUAUAUUCCAAAUACAGUGUGAACUUUAACAUGACUCCGAAUGAAAAUAAUACUGCUUUAAAUUUGCCCUGUUGCCUUUGCCACACAACAAGGCAUACCACUGUCUAUUGUUUGUUCUUUUACUUUUUUUAUUAUUUUAUGGUUCGAGAUUAACAAUCCGUUAUUUUGAUACUUGUGGAUUGUUAGGUACAUGUUACGGCUGUUCUAGUUGCCACUUGGUAAUUAAAGCUUCCAGUUCCAGAUAAUCAUUAUUAACCCGUACUGCUGUACACAAAAAUGUAAACUAUUAUUUCGCCGAAAAGGGUAAAUUCUACAUUUUUAAAAUUUUAUGUAAACUCCAUCAAAUCAGCAUCGUUUAAUGCAGUGUAUAAAAAAUAUUCCAGCUUGUAUAAUCAGCGGUUCGAAGUGUUCCUCAGUGAUAGCGCGUGUACAGUUGACUUACCCCCUAAUUCAUUGUGUAACUUUUUUUACUUAUUAUUGCGUAAUUUCCUAAAUGACCAAGUUACGCUACCAUUUAUUUCGGAUUUUUUGCCAUUGUUAGAACUAUACGAUAGACAUGAUUUUGAACUUGGAAAUUUAGUGCUAAUCAUUUUAUCAUAGUGUUUCUAUUGUUAAUCAUUUUAUAAAGGUGUUCUGUGCGUACAUUGUUGUAAUAACGUUUUCUUAAAGUGUUGUAAUAACUAAAUCAGCAAUACUUUUUAUAUAAUUGCCAUUUAACAGUUUUUAAACAUUUCUGAGUAAAAUGCUUUUGCAAUUAUUGUUUCUCAGAUGCGUUUUUGGCAUUUCGUAAACCUUGUAUUUUGUGCAUUAAACUGGUGAUAUAAAUAUCAAUGCUUUUAAACGAGCAUUAAAAGUGUAUUAGUAAUAUA